GUCAUCUAAUUUCUCGUAGACUUACAGGACAACAAUUAGAAAGAGUUACAGAAAUGACUAUUUCUGGUUCACAUCCUCGAGAAAUUGUGUCUGCAUUUAGGCAGAAUGAUAAAUUAGCAUUAAUAACUAGCAGAAACAUUUACAAUGCACAUGAGCAACUUCGUCAACAAAAUUGGCAGAAUGAAGAGGAAGAAGAUUAUUGCUGGGCUCUUAAUAAUGUUACUAGUUUGUUUAAUGGAGUUUUAAAGCCUGACAUCAUUAUAACAGAUCAGGAGCUUGCUCUUAUAAAUGCUCUUAGAAUUAUCUUUCCCUAUUCAACAAACCUGCUAUGCAUAUGGCAUAUUAGUAAAAAUAUUUUAAAAAAUUGCAAGCUACAAUUCUCAAAAGAAACUGACAAAAAUAGAACAACAGUAACUUUGAGAAUUGAAAGUGCACAUGCUACCCUCAAAGCAUACAUACAAACAUCAAUAAGAGAUCUUCACCAAGUUCAUGAAACAAUUUCUCUUACAGUAAAUAAUCAAAAAAAAGAGAUUGAUGCUAUGACUGCAUCUGAAUGCAUUCAUUUUCCAGCUUUUGUAUACAACAACCCAUUUUAUAUAAAUAUCAGGGGAAUGGCUUCAACUUUCGCACUUAAAAAAGUCAACGAACAAUACCAAAAAACAAUUGUUGCUACUACAAAAGAACCUUUACCAUCAUAUACUAAGUCUUUUUUGAGUACAAUGGAUUUACCUUGUGCUCAUAUUAUACAAAAUUUUAUGAGUAAUCGAAAUCUAACACUUGAUGAUAUUCACAAGCAUUGUAAAUACCAAAACUGGCCUGAGCAUCAACAAGCGGUAACACGAGAAUCAUUAAAUAAUAUGAUUAAUAUACCAGUAAUUGUUUUGCAAAAUCCCCAGAUAAUUCAUACUAGAGGACAUCCUACUGGUUCUUCUAAUCAUCGACAAAUGAGCUCAACCAGAAGAGAUCCUUCUGGAUUUGA